AUGGAGAACAAAACAGACCUUUUGAACUCUUCGACGCCUCACCACGCCCACCACCUUGGCAACAUCACCCAGAAGCACAAUGCCACCAACGGCACCCUCGACAACCUGAUGAAUCCCCUCGUGAAUGCUACCGGCAGCGCAAAGAACCCCUGCGACAUCUGGAUAGCGGGCGUGAUCCUCGGCCUCAUCUUUGCCUUCUUCUUCGCCAUCGUCGCCAUCGACAUGCGGGCCAAGUACCGCACCGGCGAGCUCCGCGAUGACAUGCUCGGCAUCAAAAACGUGCUUGUCCUUGUGCUCAAGGCGGUGCCCAUGCUCCUCGUGGCUCUAUUCUCCAAGAUUCGCAGCUUGGUUUCCCGCAAGCAGGCCGUGCCCGCCGAGGCCGACGGCGAGGCCGCAGCCCAAAAGACGCGCGAGUCCCAGGUCAUUGUGCAGCGCCUCGCCGCCAAGUCUGAGAGUGAGGGCACAAAUUCCAGCGUCUCCUCGGCUGACAUUGCCCCGGUCAGCGUCGCUCCGGGCAGUGUUGCCCCGGCUAGUGUUGCCCCGGUCAGCCGCGCCCCGGUCAGCCGCGCCCCGGUCAGCGUCGGCCGGUCCCACGUCUCCACGGUCCACGACGACUCGUUCGGCGGCGGCUCGUUCGGCGGCGGCUCGUUUGGCGGCCAUAACCGCAGCUCAAGUAGUAGCAGCUCAAGUAAUGGAAGCUGA